AUGGAAAAAGAGCAAUAUCGUUCGGUGAUUCGAUUCCUAUUUUUGGACGGGAAAGAGCGUAUCGAAAUCAAAGGCCGCUUGGAUGCUGUGUACGGUGACUCUUCUCCAUCGAUAGCCACCCUCAAGAAUUGGUUCAACGAGUUUGCACGUGGCCGUACGUCGGUUUUUGAUGAACCACGUCCAGGUGCACCAAAAACAGCUGCUACGGAGGAAAACAUUAAAAAAAUCCAUGAUCUCGUAUUGACAGAUCGCCGAUUGAAGGUUCGGGAGCUAGCUGAGACUGUAGGCAUUUCAGAAAGAACAGUCAAUCAUAUUCUUCACGAGGAACUCGGCAUGAGAAAGCUGUCGGCGCGAUGGGUGCCGCAUUUACUCACACCGGAAAACAAGUGCAACAGUGAGCCCACGUCGGAGACGUGUUUGGCGUUGUUUAAGCGGAAUCCAGGGGAGUUUUUGCGUCGUUUUGUGACAGUCGAUGAAACUUGGAUUCACUAG